AUGGCAUCCUCCAAAGUGAGUUUGAAGCUCCUCAUUGACACAAAGGGAAAAAAAGUCUUAUUUGCAGAAACUGGAAAGGACUUUGUAGACUUCCUUUUUAACCUUCUUUCUCUGCCAGUUGGGACUGUAAUUCGUCUACUGACCAAGAAUAGCAUGGUGGGUUCCCUAGGAAAUUUGUAUGAGAGCGUUGAAACUCUCAGUGAGACUUACUUGCAGCCAAACCAGAGCAAGGACGCCAUACUGAAGCCCAAAACUCCUAUCAGUGCUUCUGAUCUCCCUCUCCUGCUUUCGGCUGAUGAAACGAUGAUCGGAAAAAAGUUUUACAUGUGCCCAAAUUUCCACAGAAAUGUGGCUGAUGAUCCACGUGCCGCUUGUCCAAAUUGCAAUUGCUAUAUGAACACUAAAAUACCAUAUAUUGCCUUGGAAAAAGUGGCGUCUUCCGAUGAUGAGGGUGGCUAUGUGAAAGGGGUGGUGACUUAUAUGGUGAUGGAUGACUUGGUAGUGAAGCCUAUGUCUACUAUAUCCAGUAUUGCUUUGCUCCAGAAGUUUAGUGUCAAGGAAGUUGGUGCACUUGAGGAGAGGGUUGUUGAUUUGGGCAUGGAUGAGGGUUUGAAGUUGCUGAAAGCCUCAUUGCAGUCCAAGACUGUUUUAAGCAGUGUUUUCCUUGGGAAUAUGGGAGCAUAG